AGUCAUUGGACUGUUUCUGCAUGGCCACUAUCGGUGUAUAUUUAUUGUGAGUGGAAGGAUACAUGAAUUAGGUGCCGAGGUUACAAGCAGGAUAUCUAAUCUACUACCACCUUUAGAAGUUAUUUUGAGUGGAUACUUACAUAAACCAGGUGGAAUACUCCCAUACUUGAUGUUCAAACUCUCUUCUACAAAGAAUUGAUUUUUGUGGCAUCACUUGUAGUCUUGGUAUUUCAUUGUCUGCAAGAGGUGAGAAGUAAGGGCGAGUGCUCAAUUCUGCUGGAGCCAGUCGCUGUAUCCCUUUGACUACAGUCGAAGGACUCGGUUUAGAUAUCCAGCCGUCAACAAUUGCCACUCAACCCCAUUGACAGGAAAAGCUCUGUCGGGAGUUGAGACUUGAGUUGGAACAUUCACCCAUAACCUUUCUUUUAGGUUUAUCCGUGAUACUUGUGUGGUUAAUAUAGAUGUCCAUCUGCCAGCCUGUUUCUGUAAUAGACACAGCUGGAUCAGGCAUUCAAGGAUCACCAUCAACAAGUGAAGUCAGGCUCUGAGCAAGGCUGAAGGUGUCUUGGUGCUCCAUGAUAGUGAACACAAGCUUGUGUUGUCAGUAUAAUUCAUCAGUCCACACAGUAAUCGUGUGUUGGUAUCCAUCGUCCAAGACAUUGUGUGGAAUAGCACAGUGCCAUAAUCACAUACCAACAUCUCAUGUCAGCUGAAGUCACACGUGAUCAGGAAUAGAAAUGUGUGGAAAUUCAUCUGUGUAAAGGAAAUACGCACAUAAACUUUCCAAUUAGAAUUUCAAAGAAAGAGGAUAUAAGGGGUCUUCCCAGUAGCAGCUUCAACAGUCAACUGGCAGUGAGUGAAAUUUACCCCAGAGGUGUGUUGUGUAGCACGUAGCUGUGCUUCACCUGUGGUUGGAUUAGGAAUCCCACCACUGCAACGUCAUCAGGAGUACCUGUAGCAGGCGUUGUUUGUGUCCCCAGCAUCUGCUAGAUGAGCCAUGCCAAUGAACAUGCUAAUGGGGGUAAACAGGGGGGUGAGGAGGUGGAAGACUCUGACCCGGAGCGCAGUCAGCUGAUGACAGCCAUUGAAGAUCAAACAAAUGAAUCGCUGGAAAGUACGAGGCGUAUGCUUCAGAUGUGUGAAGAGAGCAAGGAGGCUGGCAUCAAGACGUUGGUCAUGUUGGAUGAACAGGGAGAGCAACUUGAUCGUAUUGAGGAGGGCAUGGAUCAGAUUAACCAGGACAUGAGGGAUGCAGAGAAGAACCUGGAGGGGCUGGAGAAAUGCUGUGGACUCUGUGUGCUGCCCUGGAAGAAAGCAAAGAAUUUUGAGAAGGGCUCAGAAUACAACAAGACAUGGAAGGCAUCUGAGGAUGGCCCCACCAACACAAACGGCCCGAGACUUAUUGUUGACUCUGGUGGUUCAGGACCUACAGGAGGCUACAUCACAAAGAUCACAAACGAUGCUCGUGAAGAUGAGAUGGAACAGAAUGUGAGCGAGGUCAGCGGAAUGAUAGGCAACCUCCGUAACAUGGCUAUUGACAUGGGUAGUGAGAUCGACUCCCAGAACAGACAGGUUGAUCGCAUCAAUCAGAAGGCAACAUCUAAUGAGAUUCGCAUCACUGAAGCUAAUAAGAGAGCUACAAAGCUCCUUAAAGAGGCUUAGGUCUCAAAAAGUGUAACUGGCCAGUCGAGUGUGGUUUCAAAUUUUAGAUUUGUUCUCAUCUUUCUUUUUCAUCUUCAGUUUGGAGUCAUUUAGUGCAAAUUUCUUUUUCUACGAUUUGUGAACCACACUUAUCAUCUAGAGAAAUAUUUGGCUGAAAACUAUUUGCAAAAAUACAUUUCAUAACCAUGGGAUGAACUUUUCAUCGCCUUCAUAUUUAGUUUGAAGAGAAACAUAUUUGCUUGAAACCUAGCCAAGACAACAUGUUAGGAUUGUAUGUGGUAAAUUUCAUCUUAGGAAGUAAUUCAAGUUAGCAUUAUGAUCAUAAUGGAUUGAUCAGGAUUUUUUUCUGGAUGAUAUUGGUGUCAACUUUGUAUGAAAUCAUUUCUUUUUCUCAUCUGCUGGUAAUAUAAUGUUUUAAGCAUAAUAAUGUUGCAAAUAGAGUAACGAAUUGUAGUUAAAUCAAUGUUAAUUAGUGAAUACUUCAUCAUUAGCUUUAAUGUUCAAGUACCAUUUAUGCCAUGUUAAAUCUAAUUUGAAGUAUUGAACAUUUUUUGUAGGUAUUUUUUGUCUUGGCUAGAAUCUCAUUACUAUGCAUGACUUGAUGUAGUGGAAUUAUAUUUCCUUUAAAAACCAACUACAGUUGUUGUCACUUUUCUUGUAAAUCAAUUCAAAUCUGAAUGCUGCUUUAGUCUGCUGGUUCAGUUUUGAUCUGAAAAAAUGAUUGAAUGGUUUGGUUUUGAAAGGGAAAUAUGGUUGUAUUGUUUUGUAGAGUCAUUUAGUAAGGAAUGCUCACUCUCUGUUGAUUUGUGAUAUUCUGGGUCUUCUUUUUUCUUGAUCACUAUCGUUUGUUUCAUGUUUUGUUGUCUGUUCUCAGUUUCUUUUGUGUUUUCUUCAUUUUCAACACUUUAGGCAGGGUCGUUGAAUGUCCGAGUUGAUAACGCCAAUGACCGAGCUACAAAAAUACUCCGACAUCAGUGAUGGGUCCAUGUCUCUCACCUGCUCAACGGGCUGCCGUCAACUGUUCAGAGAUUCUGCAUUCUGCAAGAAUAUCUUCUACUGUAUCUCAACCUUAAAGCGAUAAAAGGAGGAAUUCCAGGAACUGUCAAAAUAAUUGAUAUGUGGUGAACAUUUGUUUUUAUAUCUUUUAUGUUCAUUUUUAGAUCAGGGACUAUCACAAUCAAAAUUCAGCAGUUUGGGUAAUUUACUGAUACCUGUUUACAAAGCAUGUGAUGGAAUUGUAUGUAGGAUAUAUUGAACUGGUCACAAAGUCAUGUUAAUGAUGAAAUAUGAAAGAUGAUUAUUUAUUGUUUAACAACCAUAAAAAUUGUAAAUAAUGUGACUACAACAUUUGCUUUUCUGUUAAGUACAAAAUUAUGUAUAUAUUUUUUUAUCAGACGCAGGCCAGAUUUUCAUAUUGCAGUCAUCUGUCAUCAGCGGAAAUAAGGGGUAAAGGAAGUCAGGGCAAAAGAGCCAAAGUCAUAACUUUAAAGACAUCAAGAUGGUCAAAGUCCCCCUUCCUUUGCAGCAAAUCAAAUAUUGUCUGUCUUGUAUGGAAAUCCGUACAUCUUGGACCUAACUGUUGCUACUACUUCAUCAAAUUGUCAGUAUUUAAUUUGUACCAAAAAGUGUGCAAACAAAGUCUUUACUAGUAGUUUGAAGUACCUGGCAAGCUUUUGACAACAAUGUAUUUUAUCACUCAUUUUUAUGAAACAGAUCAAAGUAAAUGGCAAACUGGCUUUUGCAAAUCUUUAGUCAAUAAAUAUGUGAUUUAUCAUACAAUUGACUUCUUCAAGAAGCAACGUUAAAGGAAUUUGAUGAUCUAAGGGAAGUAACUGUACAUUCCAGUACUUAACACAUAAUGAGGGUGUGGCCACUACCAGGCAUGUUGUGAGCAUGUAUGGAGUACAUUACUGAUGUGAAUGUUGUUUCAGCAUGCUUUAACACCUGUCUUCUUGUAUGGAGACCUUGAUGAGUUGUUCCUGGAGUCACAUAAAUAAAACUUUCUUAUGAAAGGUUUUAUGUAAAGAAUUUGUACAUAAUUUUACAUACUUUAGAUGUCAAUAUGUUAUGGGAACUCUGCUUGAUCUUCUAGUCAAGAAAAUGAUGAAAUUUCAGUUAGUUAUUCUGUGCAGGUGAAACAACAGUUAAAGCAUUAAUUUUGAUCAGCUAUGUGCAAUGUGUCAUGAGAGGUUUUAGCAUGUGUGGAAGAUAAGAAAGUGGACCUAGGACCAGUAAUACAUUGAGACUCUGGAUAAUAUAGAUACCCAAAUAAUGUAGAUAACAUGUUGAAAUGUCUGUGCCCAAUAACUAAUGUUUUAUUUUGGUGGCUGGAACAGAAUCACCAAAGUGACAUGUGAAGGAUCAAUUUUUAUGCAGAACAUUUGUACUUUAUUAUUAAGUCAUGUUUUGUUUCACCAAAUCUAUUUCAAUACUUCAUUUAUGAUCAGUGUAAAUUAUUAAUGUACAAGUAUGAACAAAACUACCAAUAAAACAGUCUUGCACUAUAACUGUAUGUUGCUUUGAGAAAUAUGUUUUUAACCCUGUCAGUAACAAAUUAUGCUCAGUUCUCCUUGUAACAAUUACUGCUGGUAGAUUUGGCUAAAGAAAGAUAAAGCAGCUGGAAUAGAGUUUAAUACUUUUCAACAUUUGAAAUGUUGUACAAGUGAUAUUUUGAUUGAAAUAUUCUGAAGUUGACAGCGAGAUAUGACACAGUUGCUAGAUAUUUUCCCCAUCAAUAUGCAUGUGGAGGAGUUAUUGAAAUAUUAACUUAAUGCAAAUCAUAUGUCUGUGCUAUAUAAUUUUGUGACUUUUUGUAGCAAACACAUAGACUGACGAUGAGAGACUACAAAGAGAUUUGUGACAGUGACUUGGUGAAAUUUUGGAGAGAUUUUAGAUUAGAAAUUAUUAAUAUCAUAGUGAGGGGUGUCUCAUUUAUUCAGCAGUUUUCCAGAACUGAAACAUUUGGAAAUAUUCUCUCAAACAUUUCACUUAGUGGAAUAAAUGUACCGUGGUUUGCAUUUGUUUGUUUAACACAUCCUAUACAUAAUAUAAAUAGAGAAUCAUUUUCAGAAUCAUUCAUUCCAGUUGUUAAGCUUUGUCCUGUAUGUAAUGUCACAAUCAUGUUGAUAUUAAAGAUUUCAUGUAGACAUAGUGUAGAGGAUUCUGUAUUCAUGUUCUUUCUCUCAGUGUCAACAACUUCUUCCAUAUGAUAUGCAGUUCAUAUGUCAUCAUCAAGCUGGAAAUGUACAACUGACACAGGUUAUAAGCUCUUAGUAUGUCCACCAAACUCUCACUCUGAAAUGCUGUCUCAUACUGUCUUUGGGACACUUAUAGAUUGAAUACUCUUUCCUUGAUGGCGUUUUAUGUUGUGUUAAAGAUAUAGUAAGGGGACCAAUGAUUUAUUGAGGAAAACUGAGAAUUGUGUCGUUUAGCCAUGUCAGGAUCUAACAUUCCAGAUUUACACAGAUUAUUUUCCUUGUUGUGUCAGCAUACCUGAUUGGUCUGCGUCAGUAGGUGAUUUCGUCCCACAAGAAGGUGACACUCAUGCAUUUUUCGGUGUCUGUCUACUCAGCAUGUGAGGAAUCUUGUUAAACCUGCAGAGCAGAUGGUUUCUUUGCUGCUGUGUUACAUGCACUGUUGCAGUGGGAAGUCACCUAAGUGCUUGCCACUAAAGCAUCAUUGAGCUGAGCUAUGCUGAUCUUCAAGGUUUCUCAGAAAAUGAAUUAUUACUUACUGUAAUGUUACAAUGUGGACAGCUGUUGUUUAGGAAAUCCUUGCCAAAUACUGACUUCAGUAAUACUUGUUUUGUGUAGUUUUUAUCACAUCUUUCAUUGUAUGUUAUGUAUUGGUAAAUCAAGAGGUUUACACUCCUUGACGUUUGGUUCAGUGAUGACAGUUUUCAUUAAAGCACGUCAGUGAAUCUGAGCUGUGAGAAAAUCUUGAUGGAACUAUCAUAUUCAGAAUGGGAGUUUGGAUGGACUUGAUAGUAACUUAUCAGAUGGCUUAACAUCUUUGUUCAUUUUCACCGUUAAAGAUUAAAUACUGUCACUUCUUCA